CGUCAGACGUCACUAACCUAAUUGGCUCCCCACCGUUUGUUUAUCUCCCCCUGAUCCGAGCACUGUGCCAUCUUGUCUUGCUUUCGUUGCUUUUGCUCGGUCUCAUUCAGUCCGCAACAAGCCUUAGUCAUUCCUGCAGGCUGCCACCGGGCGUGACUACAGCACCACCUAGAUGGUCGUCUGAUCACAGCAUCUGCACUCGUAGAAGGCAAACUUGAACACUUCCCUCGCCAUGUUGAAUUCUGCAGUCGUGCUGCUCGCCAUCUUCCAGGGCGCGCUCUGCGUCCAGCCAGAAGCUCCAUCACCUAUUGCAGCACCCCUUCGUGAGCUGCCUUGGGGCCAGUUGAACUUCCUGCACACAACCGACGUGCAUGGAUGGUGGGGCGGGCACCUCCAAGAAGCAUCAUUCUCGUCCGACUGGGGCGACUACAUAUCCUUUGCCCAACACCUCCAAGACAAAGCAGAUGCUGAUGGCUCCGACCUGCUACUUAUCGACACUGGCGACCGCGUGGAAGGGAAUGCCAUCUACGACUCUUCCAAACCACGUGGAAAGUUCACCUACGAAAUCGCCAAGGAGCAGCGCAUCGACCUGAUCAGUUCUGGCAACCAUGAGCUCUACAAAGCAAACACUGCUGAAGGGGAGUUUUACCACACAGUCCGGGACUUCAAGGGCCACUAUCUUGCCUCCAACUUAGAUAUAUAUAGUCCAGACACAGGCGAGCUGGUACCACUUGCUCCUCGAUUCAAGAAGUUCAAGACCAAAAACCAGAGGAUUAGGAUCCUGGCAUUUGGCUUCAUCUUUGAUUUCGCUGCGAAUGCUAACAACACGGUUGUGCAAAGGGUUGAGGACACAGUCAACGAAGACUGGUUCAAAGACGCUCUCAAGGACAAGGACCUCGACUUGAUCAUUGUAUUCGGUCACGUCGAUAUCCGAUCCACCGAAUAUGCUCUACUAUUCUCCACGAUUCGAGCUGCUCACAACGAUCUGCCAAUCCAGUUCUUCGGCGGUCACUCGCACAUCAGGGACUACAAGAUCUUCGACCCCCUAUCCGUCGCGCUCGAAAGUGGCCGCUACAUGGAAACCCUCGGCUUCCAAUCCAUCUCCGGCCUCAGCACCAGCAGCACAACCCACCACGCCGCCAAACAACAACAACAACCCAAACUAAUCUUCUCCCGCCGCUACAUCGACAACAACCUCUUCUCCCUGCGCUACCACGCCAGCAAAGACGAAUCCACAUUCCCCACCCCCCGCGGCCUAAACGCCUCCCGCCAAAUCAGCGAAGCCCGACAAUCCCUCGGCUUGGGCAAAACCUACGGCUGCGCGCCACGCGACCUCUGGGUCAGCAGACGCCCGUACCCGCACCCGGAGAGCGUGUUCACAUGGAUCGGAAGCGAGCUACUCCCGCAGUCCAUCGGCACAUCAGACCGUAUCCGCAACGGCGCCAAGGCUCUGGUCCUCACCAAUACGGGCGCCAUCCGCUUCGACAUCUUCAAGGGCGCUUUCACAAAGGACACCAAGUUCCUCGUCUCGCCGUUCACGAGCGCGAUACGCUCCGUGAGAGAUGUGCCGUAUAAGGCUGCGGUGCAGGUGCUCGAGCUGCUGAACCACGAGGGCCCCAUCCUGAUGGAGAUGAUGGCACGGAACGCGGUGUUGCAGCCCCCUGAGAUGGCGGCGGCAAAGUACCGUCCGCAUCUACACACUGCAGACCGAGAUGGCAGUAUGUUCGCGCACCCCCAGCAGCAGCAAGUCCCCAUCUCGUCGCCCAAUAUCGCCGAUAACGACAACGGCAAUAUAUUCCCCGGCUACACAACCCACGACGACGCGGGCCAGGACGGCGACGACACGCUACAUGUGCCCAUCCCGUUCUACCGCGUGCCCAACUGCAUCCAAUCCACCGUCGGGUUCAACGUGACGGAUGCGCAGGAGCCGCAGACGGUCGAUGUCAUGUAUAAUGAGUUUAUCCAGACGUGGGUGUUGCUUGCGCUGGAGUAUGUGGGGCAUAAGUGCGCGGUGGGGGAUACGGAGGUGUAUGAUGGGGGGAAGAGUUUUACGGAUAUCAUGACGGAGUGGGUGGGUGCGCAUUGGGGGGGAGGGGAGUGUUCGGCGUGA